AUGGCGGCGGCGGGGCCGGUGGUGCUCCAGACGGACGUGCACUGCCACGAGUGCGCCACCAAGAUCAGGAACGCCGUCGGCAACCUGCUCGGGGUGGAACGGGUGUGGGCGUCGCCGGACACGGGGCUGGUGGUGGUGGCGGGCACGGCGGACCCGGCGGCGCUCAGGCGCCGCAUCCGCCGCAAGAUGAGGAGGCCCGUCGCCAUCCUCAGCGACGGCUCGACGCCCUACGCGGGGCCGACCACCACGCCGCACUGGCACUACGGCGCCGGCGACGCGCCGCCCUCCUCAAUGCCGCCGUAUGGCUGGGGCACGGCGCCUCCGCAGCACGCCUACUACUCCCACCCGCAGUGGUCACCGCCACCGCCACCGCCGCCGCCGGCGGGGUACCCUUACGGCGGUUGGGCGUCCGAUCCGGACCCCUAUGGCUACGGCACGCGCGCCACGGUGCCCACGUGCUCCAUCCUGUGA